AUGCUGCACCAGCGGCGAUCGGCCGAGAGGCAACUGGGCAUUCCCGACCUCGUGUCCCGACGACGCCAGUUACACAUGGCUCCUGCAGCCCAGCUGGACAUUGACGAACAGGCCGGAACGAGAGGCUGGUUCCUGCCCUGCGACCACUUUAACCUCUUGAUGUACUUUGUACCACACUCGACCAUCCUCUCCGCCGUCCUCUCCGCCAUCGUGACCUUUCUUUUUUCCUUUCCCUUGUCCAUCUUGACCCUCAGCACCGCCAUCUCGCAGAUCCCUGCGUCGCACACCCCCCGCCAAUGCGCCAGUCCAGGGUCCCUCCCUCUUCCAUCGACAGCAACCAUGGGAGAAGAGCAAAACGCCCUCUCCGUCAUACAGGCUAACAACCGCCCGGCAAAGAUGGGCGGCCGCCCAGACGGACCGCCGAGCGAGCAGACCAAGCGCCAGCCAUCCUCUGCGGCUGACGUGGAGCUGCGAGGUACCCGAACCGGGCCAGCCAUCUGCCUUUCCUCGACCGCCCCGUCCCGCUGGAGUCCGGCAUCGAGCGCCAAGCAAUGCCUUUGGGGGCCCCUGCUGCCCUACAUCAUCGCCGUCCACUCGUUUCCCGGCACCGCCGACAGCUGCGCCCUGCAGCGGCCGUGUAACCGGAGUCCGAGUCCGACACCUCACCAAAAGUGCACCUCUCAACGCUGGGGAUAUUUGGCUGCCGACGUUCUGGAUGCCCCGGCGUGCGUGGCAACCUGCCGGCUGCAAUUACUCCAGGCCAUCGCGCCCAACAACGCAUCGCUGAAGGCUAGCCCUGAAGCGAAAAGCCCAGGCGGACCACCCGUUGCCGCCGCCGUUGGCAUCGCCUUGGCCGUGACUGCAGGAGUGGCUGUCAUUUUCGCCGCCAUCUACUGGCAUCUUCGCUUCAGACGCUGCUCGCGCUCGAGGGCAGGCCUCGGCAAUUUCGCCAAGGGUCGGGGCGGCCCGGCAGUGACUGAUUCUCCAACGCCUCUGGUCUCACCAACGACCCAGCCCGCGAGCCUGGACGAUAUGCUGCUGAUCCCACCGCCCCGCCUUCAGGAGCGCAAGCUUCUGCUCACAAAGAUGGGCCGGUGGCCUAGAUAUGACGCAAAGGACUGUGAACGGCAGGGGCAUCCCCUUUCGUCUCUGCGCUCCUCGGUUGCUUCUGCCACCGAGAUGGUCUCUUUAUGUCAGAAGGCGCUCUCGGUCAAGGACGACGGGGGCCGCUCUCCGGGAACUGGAGCUACGCCCGGGUCUGAGCCUCCACUUAAGUCCGGCCAGACAAUACGAAACAGCCCGAUGAUUGCCGCCAAUGGGCCAACAGCGACCAGUGCCGCCGCUCCUACCAAAACAACGUCAGCCGACCGCAGCAUGGCUGCCCUACCCAAAACUCCCCGCCAGUACCACUUACCAUUCCAGGCCGUCGGCCUCGCUCAGCCUGGUCCGCCCCCAGACCGGUCACUCCCUCCGACUCCGCGCCACGUGCAGUGCGGCCCUCCCGCGUCUCCGACACUGCGGCAGGGCCAAGCUGGCUCAACUGUCGAGGCCGCGCCUGUCAAUGCGUUUCAAGUAGUCGGCUCUCCAAGAAAGUCCAGCGACGCUUCCGGACCGACGACCAAGCAUGUUCCCAAAGUACCACACGACCCGGCUGCGGAAUACACGAACAGCCUUGUGCUCGGGGAGGAAGAGCUGGAACGACUCGGCGGUUCGUAUAAGAGAUUUCGCGGUUAG